AUGACGGUGAUAACUUACAGCAACAAAACCCUUCUUCCAUUUACUGAAUUCAAGAAAGGCAGCGAAAAUAAUUAUUAUUCUUACAAAAUUGAUGGUGUUGAUGCCAACUCUCUCUCUCUUGAGUAUAACCUUCUCCCCAACCCACUGGUUGUAUCUGUUGGUCAGCAGUUACAAAUAUGGUUUUGGCAGGACCUAGUUAAUUUUACCGAGGAAAAUAACUUUGGAAAAAUGCUGCAGAAAAUGGAACGUUUCAUAUUCUUUGCUCUCUUUACCUGUCUGGAUUGUGUUUCUGCAAAUAACCAGUGUGAAGCAAAUAGUAUGGGAGAUGAUUGUCGAGUGAUUAAAUUCAAAGAAGGAACAAAAAACAAGAUUCUAACGAAUCACGUUAUUAGGACAGACCAAGUGCAAGACAGGGAUAUCUGUGAGUUGAGAUGCUAUCUUGAACCAAACUGCGUGUCUUACAACUACGGUCCGGGGGGAGGUGGAACAUCCACAUGCGAGCUGAAUGACAUGACCCACUUACAAGUCUUCGAUUCCUUCGAAGACAAAAGCGGAUUUUUAUACACAGAGAUUUUUAAUCCUUGUGACAGCAAUCCGUGUGCUAAUCAAGCCACAUGUCAAGCGGGGUUUGGUGACCAUGGAUACCGUUGUCUAUGUCCUGCUGGAUAUCAAGGAGUUCAGUGCGAGACAGACAUUGAUGAAUGCAAUGAUUUUAACCCGCUCUGUGACGAAAAUGCACACUGUGGAAACACUGAUGGCUCUUUCACAUGUACGUGCAAAGCCGGAUACGCUGGAAAUGGACACUUAUGUACAGCUAACAGUGAAUGUCAGGAUAAUAAUAACUUGCUCUGUGACGUAAAUGCGGACUGCAAAAAGAGGCAUGGCUCUUACAAAUGUACGUGCAAAAAGGGAUACACGGAAAACGGGGACUCAUGUACAGGUUUGAUGUGUUGGCUUUGUUUUUCUUUGUGGACUCUUACCUUUUUGAUUCACGUCAUGAAAUUGUCAGGUCUUGAAGUUUAA